CGGAUGUGAGCGGCAGUGUUUCCGGUGUUGUUGUGUGAACUAGCAGCAGGCUCGUGUCUCCGGUCCGUGUCUGGUGUCUGUCUGUCGGUGAUGGCGGUGUGUGCGGGACCGUGCGGGUCCCUGCUGGUCGUCUUGUCCCUGCUGGUCUUUGCUGUCCCCCCCCUGACGGCCUGGGACGCGGACCUGGAGCUGCUGGACCUGGUGGAGGAGAUCCCGCAGAACUUCUAUCAGUUCCUGUCUGUGGAGCAGGAUGCAUCCUCAGCAGAGAUAAAGAAGGCGUAUCGUCGUCUGUCUCUGUCUCUUCAUCCCGACAAGAACAAAGACGAAAACGCUGAAACUCAGUUCAGACAGCUGGUGUCCAUUUAUGAAGUCCUGAAGGACGAGGAGAGACGACGCAGCUAUGAUGACAUCCUGGUGAAUGGACUUCCUGAUUGGCGGCAGCCGGUCUUCUACUACAGACGAGUGAGGAAAAUGAGUAAUGCUGAGCUAGCCUUCCUCCUCUUCCUCAUCCUCACUGUGGGACACUACGCUGUCAUCUGGUCCAUCUACCUGGAGAAACAGCUGGAUGAGCUGCUGAGUAAGAAGAAGAAAGAGAAGAAGAAGAAGCUGAGCUCCAGACCUGCAGAGGAGCUCAGGUGUAUCGGCCAGGACCGCACCGACAGAGCUGAUGACCGGCCGCACUGGCAGGACAUCCUCCCUCUGAAGCUGAGCAUCUGGCUUUACCUGUCCAUCAAGAACCUGCCGCAAACUGUCCAGGAGGUGAAGCAGUACUAUGAAGACUACCAGCAGAUGAAGCAGCAGCAGAGGGAAGAAGCUGAAGCUGAACAGGAAGUUGUGACCAGAGAGAAGAGGCCGAAGGUCAAGAAGCCAAAGGUGGAGUUUCCUGUUUACAAGCUGUCAUCAGAGAACCUGACCUGUCAGAGUUACGAUCAGACCACGUCCAUCGAGGAGAUCGAAAAUCAAAUGGACGACUGGCUGCAGGACCGCAGAGCUGCAAAGAAGAAGACUGCAGACUGGACGGAGGACGAGCUCAGCCUCCUCAGCAGAUUAAUGGUUAAAUUUCCUGGAGGAACUCCGGGUCGCUGGGAGAAGAUCGCUCAUGAGCUGGGAAGAUCAGUGACAGAUGUGACGACCAAAGUCAAACAAGUGAAAGACAACGUGAGCCACACAUCAGGUACGUUUUACUAGGGCUGCUCGAUUAAUCGAAUUUUAAUCUAGAUUACGAUUUGGGCUUUGAAUGAUUAUGAAAACAAA